AUGAGUCAUGAUGAGGAUGUAUGCCAUGCUUUAUGGAGUUGCCCCAAGUUACACAAGGUUCGGAAGCAUUUCGGGUUCCUACACCAAUUCCCUACUUCCUUAAGGUAUGCCCCUGACUUUCUCAUGGUGAUGAAGGGGAAGCUUUCAAAAGAUGAGUUUAUUUUCUUCAUUGGUAUUACUUGGCUAAUUUGGUUUCGUAGGAAUAAAUGUAUUUUUCAAAAUAAAGACAUUGAUGAUAGUAUUUGGAUUCCUUGGGCCAUGGAAAUGUUAGAAAUGCACCUUGCUGCUGCCCCAAAAGAUUCACAUCAAAAGCCUACACAGGACAAGGUCUGUUGGUCUCCUCCUCCUUUGGGAUCUUUUAUGAUAAAUACUGAUGCUUCUCUCAUUGAGGGUAAACCAGGUUGUGGCUUAGGAGUCAUUAUUCGUGAUCAUUUGGGUGAGUUAGUCACUGCUGCAACAGACUACAUUCUGGGAUAUCUUUCAGUGCUUAUGGCAGAGACUUUGGCGAUCUGUUUAGCUCUGAAACUAGCUGCUUCUCGAUCCUUGCAGAAUAUUUUCAUAGCUUCGGAUAAUCAAUCAGUGAUCACAGCAUUGAAAGGGCAGACUAGAUUCAACACGGACUGGGGUAAAAUUCUUGAAGACUGCAUCAUAGCAGCCAAAAACUUCAAUACUCUGUCUUUUAAUUUUACUCCUAGAAAGUGUAACAAUGUAGCUCAUUGCUUUGCAAAUUGGAGCCGUGUGGCUCAUGUAUCUGAUGUGUGGACAUCUUUUUUGCCUGAUUGUGCUGCUGCUACUUUGAUAGCAGAUAUGCCCCAAGGCGUUGGUUUGUAA